AUGGACGCUGCAAAGCACAUCUGGAGUGCACGCCCGCCGUGCUCUUGUCAACUUCGCCAACAUAAGCUCCGGCCCAAGUACGCGCCAGCAGGCGGCACGUCCACAACAAAAUCAUGGCAUGUCUGGCUUUCUUGGUGCGUGUUGUUCAGCGGAACCUGGCUCGAUAGUGCGGAGCACCACUACAUCACCAGUUCUAUCAGCGCAACCGCUGGGCUGCAGAAGCCGUCUCUGGAGCCCGACCUCGAUUGCACAGCCACGCCAGCGGCACCCAGGCCGCCCACACAGGUAAUGUACGUGCAAGAGAGAUGUGGUGUUCCUCUCCGUGCGUGUGUGCAAGUGGUAUGAGCGGCGACUGAUUAGCAUCAUCCUGGUCGGUCCCCAGACGGCAAGCGUACACAGCAACGGCAAGCAUACACACCAUAUGGAUUGGUCUCCGCCUUUGCCCUUGUGUGUAUGUCUGCGUCUGUAUAUCUAUGUGUGCUUCAGGAAGCCAGACGGAAGAUCCGGCUGCUGGAGUACGCCCAGCACGACACGGACCUAUUUGGCGAGCUGGCCGCCGCCAACCUUGCCGCCAGGGGCAAGAAGACCACGGCACCACUCCAGCAGUCCCGAGGAGACUCCCUGCCGCCAUCGCCAAGCCAAACCAGCCGCGCACCGUCACCCGCCGCAUCGCCAGCACAGCCAGCCGACCUCAUCGCCCAUGAUAUGGAAGCGCUCUGCAGCCAUCUCAGCUGCACGCGGCAGCGCCACAAGUGGCUGCGCCCCAGCAGCGAGCGCUCUUGA